UAAACUAUUGCCGAGUGCCUUAGCAUCGGAGCACAAUGGCUGAUCCUCUGAGCAUUACCGCGAGCAUUGUGGGCAUUGUUGCCCCGGCAAUGCAUGUAACCCGACUUCUCUUAGACGACCUUCAGAAGAUCAGCGAUGCGCCCACGUCUGUCGCAAUCCUGAAAGAAGAUCUGCUGUCCAUGGACAUGGCUCUCCAGUCCCUCCGCGACGUGACAGAUGCACAGUGGAAAUCCCUUGGCUGGGCCUCCGUUGACCGUUCAAAGGCAGUGAUGAAUACCUGCGCCAAAUCGUGCGGCAUAUUCAGAGCGGACAUCCAGAAAUGGACCAGACAUUCCGAUGAAGGGAAGCUAUCGUGGCAGGAUCGCGCCAACGUGGGCUUCUUCAAGCAGAAAAGGAUCGCGUCAAUGUCAGAGCAGCUGCGCAAUUGCAAGACCACUCUCAAUGCGGUAGUUAGUAUCGCAACUCUGCAUAGCUCACUUCGACACACACACCUCACCGAAGAGGUGCGAACGAUGGUAUCGAAUAAGGAGGCCGUGAUCAGCAACGCCAUUGCAGGAACGGACAGACAGCUAGCUGAAGUCAAGGCAAGAUUCGAAGAGCUCAACCAGGGCCACCAGCAGGAACAGGCAGAAACCAAGGACGAGGCCGACGAGCGAGCCCAGAUUGGGGAGGAACAGAAGACUCUAGAUGCGUCGCAGAAGCUACUUGAAGAGUUGCUUAAGACGAUUCGAGAAGAGAUGGGCAGAAAAGAGGCACAGAAGGCCCAUAUGCCAACGGUGACUUUUGGAACGGGCAAUAGCGGGCUUCAAAUAGGAGUUAGCAACGGGGCUAUCAGUGGCGUCACUUUCGGCGUAAGGAGUACGUGAGAUUUCUCGAGGGAAGACACACCGGGAUCAUAGGGCAAGGUAGAGAAGGAAUACGGCUGAUUAGGCUUAGGUUUAUUGGGUAAGAAGGCAGGUAGAAGUUGUCUUGGAUAUUCCCCACUCUCUUCUCAGCUGUUAAAACCACAGUCGUCAUUAGUAAUUAACAUCUGGGAGUUAAAAUCAAG